UGGGAAGAUAGAAGGAAGGAAGUGGUCUUGGACACGUAUAUACUGUUCGAUCAGACACGCGACUUAAGGACUCACUCGCGAGCUCGUGCCUCGUUAAGAAAUGCACGUUGUUUCUUUUUUUAUCACUCUCUAUCGAUAAAUAUAGAGAUAUAUAUACAUACAUACAAAUAUACACUCUACACUGUAUAUAGUUUUAUGAAAUCGACGCCAGAGUUUCAUUUCUCGAUGAUUGAAAAAAAGAAGAAGAAAAAUACUGAAUUACAUAAUAUAAUUCAGUCACGUGGGUGUGUUAUAAAAGUCUAGGAGAAGAGAUCAUUUUUCCCCGUCAGUACUCAAAUGUACUUUGAGCCAUUGAAAACCGUUUUUUUUUUUUUUUUUCUUUAAACUUAAAACACCGACGAACUUUUAAAGUCUUCUCUCUAUAGGAAACAAGUUCUCUCUGGACGUGAAGGGAAGAAAUUCUUUAUUGAACACAAGAGGAUUUUAAUAAAGAAGGAAAAUUGCUUCAACCGGGAAAAUUAUAUACAAGGAGGAAGGCAAAUUUCGAAUCAGUGAAAAAUUUGUAAAAAAUUUGUGAGAAAGAAGAGGAAACUUUGUUAAAGAGGAAAAUUUUCUGAAGGAGACAACUUUAUACAGACAACUUUACACAGACAACUUUAGAAAGAAGGGAAUUUUACAAGGAGGAAAAUUUUCCGAAGAAGACAACUCUUUUUAUAGAGAAGGAAAUUUUGCAAAGAGGAAAAUUUUUAUGAAGAAAAUUUAUAAAGAACUUAUAAAGAAAAUUUUACAAGGAGAAAACUUUAUAAAGAAGAGCAGUUCAUAAGGAAAAGAAGAAGAGAAAGAAAAGAGGAGAAAAAGAGAGAAAGAAGACGAAAUUUUCCCCAAGAAGAAGAAAAAAAUUUUCGUCACAAAACACAAAAAAAGAAGAAUGUUGAGAAAUUUGGUGAAUCAUCAAAAACACGUGGUUGAAUUAAAUGAAUCAUUGUGCAUUAUUCGGAUAAUAAAAAAUCGUCAUCAUCGGCGAUAUUUAUUAUUAUUAUCGAAAAUUCGUAAAAAUCGCGCUCUAAAUUAUUAUCAUCAUCAUCAAGAAAUAAAAUUGAGAAGAAGUGUAACAAAUUUGGGCGCGAGUGCCUCUUUCAAUUCACGUGUUCAAUGUGUCUAGGGAGUACGCCAUCUAGAAAAUUUGCAACUUCAGGUUUUAGAGUUUCUAUAGUGCGAUUCACGACAACGACGACCACGAGCAGCGACCGACGAGAAGGAGGGUUUUUCGGAGCAAAGGCACAAUACAAGCGGCACGAUACAGCAUCGACGACGCAGGUUUCAAGUUUCAAGAGAGGAGAGACUGCUUUUAGUGUGUGAACGUCAUUUGUAUUGACGCGUCGUGAAAAUUAAUAAAAGAAAUUUAUUUUUUUUCUUUCGACACACCGGCGUGGACAAGUAUAAUAUUUAUUUUAAUUAUAAACAAAAUAGAAGAGGAGAUAUAUAUUUUUUAAUAAUUUAGUGACAAACAAAAACGGAAUUUUUCUUUUUUGAAAGAAGAAACAAAGAAGAAGAAAAAAUGAACGUCGUCGAGCCUGAAAAUGUAUUUGGUCUAAGACCUCCCGUCCUCAUGGUGAUUCUCGGAUCCCUUGUACUUGGCGGACUCUUUUUCGCAAUUGGCCACAUCGUCAUUAAACUGGGUCGUCGAAACAAGAAAGAAGAUGCCACCAAAAACAGUGACAAUAAGGAUAUUCAAAAAUCGACGGAAGAACAAGAAUCGACAUUAUCUGAGUCUGGCCCAGGUACAAAUAAUACAAUGACGAAUAGUAAACGUGCCAGAAAGAAGAGACGUGAAGCACAACAGGAAUUUAAUCACUCAUGGAUGGUGGGAGCAUUAAAGGGUCACACAGCACCAGUUCGGGAUAUCAAUUUUUCCAGCAAUGGGAAAUUCCUUGCAAGCUGUGCCGAAGAUUGCGGACUCGCACCCGAAGAGAAGCUGGACCUGGUGAAGAGCAGCACUAUCAUCAAGGCUUCCGAAAUCUCAUCUUCCUCAUCCUCCACAUCGUCACUAUCAUCAUCGUCAUCAGCCAAGGAACUUCGUGAGGAUCGUGCGCCAUUGAGUCGACGUCAACGGAAAAAUUUAACCCGAGCAACACGUGAACAACGUCGUGAGCAUCAGGAACGUGAUGCCGAUCAUAAUGUAAGUCCAAGUGAUUCGCCAAUAUUGCCAAGGAAUCGUCACCAUUGGCUGCAAAGGCAGGACCGUCAUUAUCAAGACGCCCCCAAGAAACCCAACCCAAAAGUCAUUAAGAAAAAGGACUCCCACCACCACCACCACCAGAAGGAUAAUAAGAAAACGAAAACCAAAGACACAACCGAAAACAGUAAUAGUUGUAAUAGUAGUAAACCAACAUCAGUCCUCACUGAGAAUUCAUCAUCAAAACAUCUCAAAAUUUAUACAAGUAUGGUUCGUUAUCAAUUGCGGCAUUUGCAAAAUUUCGACAUUGAGUAUUUGCUACAGCAUUAUGUACUCAAUGAAGGACAAUUAUUACACGGCAGCUAUCCAGUUAUGCAAAAAAGUGAUUGCAAUUCUGUGAUGAUAUGCUCAUUUUCAAGACAUCAUCAUUGUACAACAUUGCAUAGUUUAAAUGCAAAUGCAAGGGAAUUUGUUCCAAAGAAAAUAUUCCAUAAUUCAUGGAAGGUGAAGGAGAACGAGAUGGACAGUGGUAAUGGAAGUGGUAGUUCCCUCGAGAAUUCUGAUCUUGAACAAGAGAGUUCAUCGGAUAGUGAUAAAAAUUCGGAUAUUGGUGAAUCAUCAUCAUCAUCAUCAAAUCUAUCAUUAUCCUCAUCAUCAUCAUCAUCAGUUGAUUCAAGUGCGAGAAAUAUUGUACCGUGCAUUUUACCAGGUCCAGUGAUACAUAAAGAAAUAGCGACUAAUGAAAUUGAGAGACGAUGCUCACGUUGCUCGCAACCAUUUCGUGUUGAUUCGCGAAACGGUGAUUAUUUAGCUGUUGAAAAGUGCGUGCAUCAUUGGGGUAAACGUCGUUUUGGCAGUUGGGAGUGUUGUUCACGUGAUACUGAUGAUACAACAGUGGGUUGUAUUACGGCAAGUACUCAUGUUUGGUCGGGUAUUAUUGCCGAGGCAACGAAUGGACCAUUCGAUGGUUUUGUGUCAACUCAACCGGCGCCAUUUGGUCCUGAGAAUGGUUAUGGUGUUUAUGCUAUUGAUUGUGAGAUGUGCUUUACUAAAAAUGGUUUAGAAGUGACGAAAGUAUCGGUUGUCUCAUUAAAUGGUACAUUGAUUUAUGAUCAAUAUGUGAAGCCGGCGGAAAAAAUCAUUGAUUUUAAUACAAGAUUCAGUGGUAUUACGGAACAACAACUUCAUGGUGUGACAAAAACAUUGCAGGAUGUACAACAUGAUUUGUUACAAUUUAUUUAUGCUGAAUCAAUAUUAAUUGGACAUGGUUUGGAGAAUGAUUUACGUGUAUUGCGAAUUGUUCAUAAAAAAGCAGUUGACACGAGUAUUGCAUUUCUUCAUGAUGCGAGUUUUCUUUCGCGUAAGAGUCUCAAGUUUUUAGCGCAUCACUUCUUGAAUAAAUCGAUACAGGCAAAUAGUCAUGAUUCAGCUGAGGAUGCAAGGGUAGCGAUGGAUCUCAUGUUACGUAGAGUGCAGUACGACUACUAUGGUGUCUAGCAAAACGAAAAAUUAGCUGAUGGACAUUUUUUCUUAAUUUGAAGGAAGCUACGAGGAAGAAGUGAGUGGCCACAAUACAAUUAAAUCGUGCCGUUUAAUUUCAAGAGGUGGAACAAUAUUCAAAUAGCUGCUCUUUCAGAAUGAAACUUGGGAAAAACGACUGAAAGUAAAAGAAAGAAAACUAAAUUGUAUAUCGAAAAAAAAUCCUCGUCAAGUCUCUCCACUUCCGCCGAUUAAAGAAAAUAUUCAGUUCCAAGUGAAAUCUGUGAUAAGUUUAUAUACAUAUUGCACGUACACUCGCACUAGUAUGUGUCUUAUAUAUGUAUAUUACUCACCUGCAAAGGAGUCGACGUCACAUUUUUGUUUUUAUUUUUUUAUUUUAUCCUUUUUUUUUAUUUUUUUUUUUUUUUUUGUGCACUUGACUUGUUUUAUUGAACAUGAACAUAGAAUAUUUUGUAGCUCGCGAUAUAUUCAUUAACUUCGUUUGCUUCAUCAGCGUUUUCAUCAUCGAUCAUCUCGAUUAUUUUUUUUUUUUUAAAUUUCACUUGUAUAUAUACAUAUAUACUGCAUUAUGCAUAUUAAUACGUAUAAAUCGGUACGUAAAAUGAAAAGAGGAAAAAAAAACAGCAACAACAGUAAAGUCAGUUUUGUCGCGUCUCGCAUCGUUGCCUUUCCCAACGUGUGUCAUCGUGUAUAAGGAUAUGUAUGACUUGGGAGAAAAUAGUUGGCAAUCAUUUUAUUUUUCUUUUUUUUUUUUAUUAUUAUUAUUCACGAAUUCUGUAUAAUUUCAUUAAUUUCACACCCAAAAAUUUGAAAAUAGAAUUUUUUUUCAAAAAAAAAAAAAAAUUUACAAUGUUCAUAAAUAAUUAUACAGUAAUUAAAAUAUUAUCACAUUGUUAAAAUUGUGGUGUAAAAAUUAUCAGAUUGACAUAAAUACAGUUAACUUAUCUUAAUCGUUAUUUCCAAAUGCAGGUAUUCCGUUUAUUAUCACUUUUCCGAAUUUUGGGAAAUUUUCCGAUAAUUCAUUAUUUUUUGGAAUUUUGAAAUUCUAUCAUCAAAGAAUAAUUAUUGAAAAAGAAAA